AUGGAAAACAAUAAUAAAGCCAAAGCUCGCUGCCACGAAGCAGCUUCGGAUGAAGCCGAAGUUGAUAGGCUUAGCAAGCUGCCAGAUCACGUUCUACUCAACAUCCUGGAGAGGGUUCGCACGAUAGAUGCCUUGAGAACCUGCAUCCUCUCUAAGAGAAUGCUCAAGCUUCCCCCCAUGCUCUCGCUGCUUGAUAUAGACAUUGGUUCCCUUGCGCGUUACAUCAAGCCCAAGGUCGACACCACUAAUCGUAUUUUUCAGUACAACACUGCUGUGGCUGCUAUCAUUGAGAAGGUCCUGAGUGCGAGGAAUCCUGAGAUCCCCAUCCGCAAACUGAGGGUCAGGUUCUGUUUGAGGCCUGAUGAAUGUCUCUCCAUCAGCCAAGUCGUCGCCCUUGCCAUGGCAACCCAAAAGCUCGAUGUUGCUGAGUUUGUGGUCCUCACGGAGACGAUUUGUUUGAAAUGCACUGAAGACCAUCUCCUCUGUUAUGCCAAGCGCUUCAAUAGUUGGCUUGGUGAUUGUCCUGCCAUGUUUGCUGGUCUCACGCGCCUGUGGCUGCGCAAUAUGAGGUUUGGUGAACUGGACAUCCCCAACAUCCUCAGCGCCUGUAAGAGGUUGGAAUCACUGCGUCUCUCCUAUUGUGACGCAGGGGUCCAAUCUGUGCUUCAAGUAGAACAUGCUCAACUUGUUGAGCUCCACAUCGACUAUGGGGAAUUUGAAGCAGUCCAACUCAGCUGUCUACCAAAACUCCAACGUGUCAAAUAUGUUGGUUGGUCUCACCAAGAAGAUCCCCUGAUUUUUGUUUGUCCCGCAGCUUUCAAAGCUAACACUCGAAAAAGAUGGUGUUAG